UUGCCUGCAAACGGCAUCGGCGUCAUACCGCACUCAGUUCUGUCAAAGGGAGUUCUGGCUGGAAAGCACAAGCCCGGUCACCAAUUCGCUCCCGACGAUGAGCGCAGGCUUUUCAGUUUCUUCCGCGGUCAUGACUUUGAACAGGUUUACGAGGUCGCGCAGCAUCUCGAUUGCUGGGCGCGUGACAACGGCAGAGACAUUGUACAGCUCGCCAUCGCAUGGGUGCUUGCGAACCCUGCCGUAUCCUCCGCGCUUGUCGGCGCCAAGUCACCCGAGCAGGUCUAUCACAACGCGAAAGGCGCGGAUUGGGUCUUGACCGCAAACGACUUACAGGAGAUCGAAGAGCUGAUGAACGGCUACAGGAUGACCUGGAUAAAAGACGAAGAUUAG